AUGGUGAGCACAUCGGCAAGAAGUGUGGCAGCUCCAUUGCUGUACCUGAACUUGAUUAUGUACUUCAUAGUGCUUGGUUUCUCCAGUUGGUGCCUCAAUAGGUACAUCAAUGGUCAAACUGCUCACCCAAGUAUGGGAGGAAAUGGCGCAACGGGGCAUUUUCUGACUUUCUCAAUACUUGCGGCGGUUCUUGGCAUAGUGUCUAAAGUUGCCGGCGGCCAGCACCUUAGGGUUUGGAGGAGCGACAGCCUUGCCGCCGCUUGUUCGUCAGCCAUCGUCGCCUGGGCUGUCACCGCCCUUGCUUUCGGAUUGGCAUGCAAGGAGAUAAAUGUUGGAGGGUGGAGGGGUUGGAGGCUGAGGAUGGUGGAGGCAUUUGUUAUAAUUCUAGCAUUCACACAGUUGCUCUAUGUUCUUAUGCUUCACGCGGGCCUCGUUAACCGGGCUUACGGGCCUGGGUAUAGAGACUCCGACUAUGGCUUCGGUGGGCCCGGAACCCAGCCCGUGUCCAAGGGCGGUGUCACAGCUGGUGGUGCCGCCAUCUGAUUGGCGGAAAAAUAGUUUCAUGUGUGUGGUUAUUUUUAUUGUCUUCCAUGUUUUAAAUUAUGUGUAUCUUUAAUUAAGUACCAUGUACAUUUUCGUAUGAGGGUGUUGGUUUUUCAUCUUGUGUAUUGUUAGGGAUUUCCUUGUUUUAUUUUGACUUAU